GGUGCGGGGCCGCCAGCUAGUCGCGACUCACGCCAGCUGUUGCCAGGCGGGCGAAUUGCGGCGCCGCGCCGACCCCGCAGUAAGCCGCUAGCCGUCAGCCGGGCACAUAGCUUGUUAUAAGUCAGUGGAUAUCAUGGAGCGCCUUAUCGAGAGCGUGCACCGCUACCCAUGCCUGUGGGACACGGGCGCCGCCGCCUACCGCGACCAGGAGCUCAAGGAUGAGGCCUGGCUACAUGUGCUCAAGGAGACUGAACUCGCUUCCGUGAAGGAAGUGAAGUUGAAAUGGAAGAAGCUGCGGGACAGCUACCGCGACGCCCUCAAGCGACAGAGUGAACUAGCGGCGCGAGACCCACACGGCGCCGCCAGGAAGGGCUACUCGUGGAAGUAUCUCGCGCAAAUGCAGUUCCUUCAGCCGCAUAUGAACGCGCGUAAAAGGCCGGUCGCGCCGCCUGCUGCCUCGCGCUCCUCCGACCUUAGUGACUCGGAGGCGGAAGGCACGCGUCCGCGUCCCCGCACUCCACAUGCUGACCAACUCAUGCUCAUCGACCGCAAGCUAGACUUCCUGUGCCGCGCGCACUCCACGCGACUGCAGCAGCCGCCCGAUGUGGGUCCACACCCUAAUACCGCCGUCGCUACCGCCUCCGCGCACCCUGACCCCCUCGAAAUGUUCUUCAGUAGCAUGUGUCAGUCAACGAAGCGGUUCCCGUAUCACACGCAGAUAAGCAUUAAGAAGGCGCUUUUCGGCGCCGUGAUCGACGCGGAAAAGGCGUUGCUGGCUGAACAACAGAACUACGCGAGUCUAUGGCCGCGCGGCCCAGCCUCAUCGUCUAGCGGGGGCGGGGACGCGGGCGGCGGGGAUGAUGAUGACCGCGACCUCGAGGAGGAAGAUCGCAAGCCAUCGUGAGCCCCGUUGCCGGUGGACAGUUCACGGAAGAGCUGCUACUCAGUGACAACGCGUUCACACGGAGUGAUUUUAGUUAAGCAACAUGUUGCUCAUCUAAAAAUUGAAAGCGAAUUGGAAUGAGAGCAAAGAUGGCGGACGUUUUGCACGUUUCGUGUAGUUAAAUCAUGUGAUUGGUUAAUGGAUAGGCAUGACACAACUUUGUCCGCGUAAAUUUUCUAAUCGUACAUCUUCGAGAAAUCAUAAAAAUUUUAUACUUAAUAACAUGUAUAAUACAAUGUACAAUACUGUUGAAUAUUAUAUAUUUAAUCAAAACAAAUCUUAUAACUAUAUUUACAAUACUACGACUACAUAAAAUUAAAACUAUCAUUACGUGGAAGCGUACCAAGAAUACUGGCAGCAUUACCCCGUUGGAUAGCAAGGCUGAUCCGUUGACCGAAAUAGCUGCCAGCGCUUGGGUUUCCAGUAGCCUUAUUGAGGCGCAUGUAUAAUGUAUUUAUUAUAAUUUCAUAUAUUAUAUAUGCGAUUAUAAAGUAAUGUAUGCAGUUGGUGUUUGUGUUACAAGUUUACGUGGCACUUUUGAGAGUCACAAGUCUUGAAAGGAAAAAAGUUGGAUUACCUACAAAAAGAAAUGAGAUAGAUUGACUUGGCCAUCGUAAUAAACAAUGUUAAUUAAUGUAAUAUUAUAUAUUACUUGUGAGAUACAUUUUACAUACAGGCCAAGUUAAUCUAUUUAUUUAAACCAUAAAAGAUUUUUAAUAUUGAUAUGAUUAUAAGAUGUUAGGCUAGCUAAUUACUUUAUAACUUAAUACAAGAGUACCCUUAAGUAGGCACAAGGUACAUAGAUUUCACAACUUUUAUAUUAUAGCAUAAUAGUAUAUUGAUACAAGUUAGCUAAGUUGCUCAUUACACCCGAGGCUGUGGGUUGCAAACCCGAGUGACAGGCGAGGGCGUAAAUCAGCCGAGUAUCUGAGCACACGAGUUCCUACUUCCUAAGCACUUUUUCAACACACUUCCGAGAAAAAAAAAGGGUAUUCCAUAAAUCGGUUUGAUUACAGGAAAUAGCGCGCAAGAUUUUUUUUGCAUGCCCCAAAUGUAAGGAUUGAUUGAUUACAUAAUAUAGCCAUACAGCCUACAUCAAAAUUAUAAUUUUUUUAUACAAAUUUAUUGUAAAUUAUAAAUCUAUAUAUAUAAAAAUGAAUUGCUGUUCGUUAGUCUCGCUAAACUCGAGAACGGCUGGACUGAUUUGGCUUAUUUUGGUCUUAAAUUAUUUGCGGAAGUCCAGGGAAGGUUUAAAAGGUGAAAAAAUAUGAAAAUAGAAUGAAAUGAAAACAAUGAUUUUGUUUUUCCUUUGAUGUGUCCUCCGUUAUUCAAAAAUCAAAUUGAAAGAAUAAUUUAACAUGAAUAACUAAUUAGAAUUUUUAAUUCUUUCUAACUUUCUCAGGAGGAAAAAAUUAAACUUAAUUUUAGCUAACUAUAGUUGGUAGAUAAGCUACAGUUGUUAACUAUCUAUCCGAUUAUUUUUAUGUAGAUUGAUAAAUCUUAAGUUUUUUCAUAUAUUUUUCUGAACGCAACCAUAAAAUUUGACGUUUGACAACUAACUAGGUAAUAUAUAGAUUGAUAAUAUCGUAAAUAUAUUAUUGACAAAUUAAUAAAAAACUUUAUUUUAUUUAUAUAUAAUAACAGAACAACGUCUGUCGUGUCAGCUAGUAAUUUGAUAAAAAUAAAAGUUAUUUGACAUAAAGACACAUUCAUUUAUUCCAAAAAUCUAAAUAAUUUUUCAGUGGCAUAAAACCUCUAUGUUGUUAUAAAAAAUAUUGUAAUUACGGUUACAAACGGUUAAACUGCAAAUGCUUCGUUUAGUCUUAUGUAUUCACGUGUGUGUUAUAGUUCGGUUUAAUGCCCUAAGUCCGAUAUAAUAAGGCACAUUUUACGAGCAAAUGUGUUGAAAAAUAAAUUUUGUAUUUGUAAUCUGUAAUAUUAUUUUGUGAUAAAUAAACGUUUCAUAACUCCCACACCAAUUUCUACUA